CUGAUAUCAUAUACACCCCUGCGCAUUGUAGAACAAUUUGUGACAGUUUUAUUAUUCUUGGAAAGUGUUUACGAGACGCAGAUCGUGUGUUGAUUAUCCUGGAAAAUAUAUUAAUCAAUUUUCGAAGGCCAUCCUAGCAAGAUGGAUUUCCAGAACCGAGCCGGUGGUAAGACCGGUGGAGGAGGCGUUGCCUCCUGGUCGGAGAGCAAUCGCGAUCGCCGGGAGCGACUGCGGCAACUCGCGCUGGAAACGAUCGAUCUGAACAAGGAUCCAUACUUUAUGAAAAAUCAUCUCGGGUCGUACGAAUGUAAGCUGUGUCUGACGCUGCACAAUAAUGAGGGAAGCUAUUUGGCCCACACGCAGGGCAAAAAGCAUCAGGCCAAUCUGGCCAGACGCGCAGCAAAAGAGGCGAAAGAGGCUCCCUCCAGUAUGCAACCAGAGAAACCCAGAAUCGAGCCGAAAAAGUUCGUGAAAAUUGGUCGCCCUGGUUAUCGAGUCACGAAGCAAAGGGAUUCGGACAAUGGCCAACAAUCGUUGCUGUUCCAAAUCGAUUAUCCGGAGAUAACCGACGGUAUUAUUCCCAGACAUCGUUUCAUGUCCGCAUACGAGCAGAAGAUCGAACCGCCGGACCGUAAAUGGCAAUACCUGUUAUUCGCUGCGGAACCAUACGAAACGAUUGCCUUCAAAGUUCCAUCACGGGAGGUUGAGAAGACGGAGGGAAAAUUUUGGACACACUGGAAUAAGGACGCCAAGCAAUUUUUCCUGCAGUUUUCGUUCAAGUUGGAACCUAAGCUCAUACCUCCACCACCUCCUAAUAUGCGUAUUCCACAUCCCGGUAGGCCAAUGUUCAAUCCGAUUCCACCACCGCCGAUGGGUGUAGUUCCGGUUCCGCAACACAUGUGAAUUUCAACGGAAAUGCAUACAUAUUUAUCAUUCGAUGUCAUCUCUCCGUAUGAGUUGAUUUAUUGUAACAGUAUGACAUCAUUAUCAUGUAUAGUGAUUUUAUAUUAUUGAUAAAGUUUUAGCGGAAAUACUUGGAAAAUUAGCUUCACAAAUACGAAUGACAGCAUUUAGUAUUUCAAGUUGGGGGAGUCUGCAUGACAAUAUGGUUUUGCAGAAGGAAAGAACACACUUUCAAAAUAAAAAUUAUGAAUGAGAAUUAUUUUUCUCAAAUCAAA